AUGAGGAACGAUAACUAUGAGAGAUUGAUUGAAGCGUCAUUCGUUAUGAGCUUCACAAGUAAGCCGGAUGACUGGAUAAGAAAGGCAAAGAUGAACAAUUUCUCAAUGUUCUUAGCAGUUCUGGAUGUUGCAAGUUACGACGGACUGUUAUCAGACAUAUUGAAAACUGAAAAUUCGGAUCAUCUCACAGCAUUGAAGAAUGAAUUCAGGAAAUACUUCCCUGAAUCGAGUGAUAACGGUUUCCAUCCGUUCAGGAAUUCAUUCGAAACGUCAGUGCAAAUAGUCUUUGAUGAUAUACGGGACGAAGAUUUGGAGCUAUGA